CCUCCCCCUUCAUCCUCUGCUGGGAGCCAGUGCUGAGUGGAUGAGCAGUAGGGCAAGAUCUUCACCACAGCAAAGCAUGUGUGCUGUCUCCUCGUGUAACUUGUGUUAGAAGAUAAAUUAACUCUGUGACGGCAGGAUCUGUGUCGCCGAACACAAGUCCAGCCUCAUGUUUGACGUGAAGGAGGAAGAACAAACAAGGAGCGAUAUGGGAUUCACUCAGAGAUCACCCUGAUUUCACCGUCAUCAUCAUCAUCAUCAUCACUCACAUUCAGGCUGAUGGACACUCAGGAUCAGACGGGGACAGGACUGCUGUCCAGGCUGUCCAACAUGAUGCAUUUUGGGAGGAGCAGCGUUGGCCCUGCAGAGUCCAGCGUCAGCAGCCAGAGAACAGAGAACACGAGGAGCAGGAGCAGCGAUUGUCGCUGCGCCCUGGCUGCACAAAACAUGAACAACUCCAACAACAAUGAUGGUAAAAAAGAUGAGAAGAAAGACGAAAAGAAAGAUGAAAAGAAAGACGAGAAGAAAGACGAAAAGAAAGAUCAAAAGAAAGACGAUAAGAAAGAUGCCAAGAAAGACGACAAAAAGGAUGAUAAAAAGGAAGAACCAAAGGAGGUGUGGAUCAUGGACCCCGCCACAGAUAUGUACUAUUACUGGCUGUGCACAAUAUCUAUUCCAGUGUUCUACAACCUGAUGCUCCUGGUGGCCAGGGCUUGUUUCAACGAACUGCAGUAUGCAAAUUCAACCACAUGGAUGGUUGCGGACUACAUUUCAGAUGUCAUCUACUACAUUGACACCUUUGUGAGAGCCAGGACAGGUUUUCUGGAGCAAGGUCUUCUUGUAAAGGAUGAGAAGAUCCUGAAAGAAAAGUACAUGAAGACGCGCCAGUUCAAAUUAGACAUCAUAUCAAUCAUUCCCACAGAUAUUGUUUUCCUCAAAAUUGGAGUUGACAACCCAGAGUGGAGGUUCAACCGUCUCUUUAGGUUAGCGCGACUCUUUGAGUUCUUUGACCGGACUGAAACUCGAACCAAUUUCCCCAACAUCUUUCGAAUUGCUAACCUUGUACUUUACAUCAUUAUCAUUAUCCACUGGAAUGGUUGCCUCUACUUUGCCAUCUCCAAGGUACUUGGCUUUGGCUCAGACACCUGGGUUUAUCCAGCCACCACUAAUCCUGAAUUUGCUCGCCUGGCGAGACAGUACAUCUACUGCUUUUAUUGGUCCACUCUUACCCUGACCACUAUUGGAGAGACACCACCCCCAGUCCGAGAUGUUGAAUACUUUUUUGUGGUAGCUGACUUCCUCACUGGGGUUCUGAUCUUUGCUACAAUUGUAGGCAAUGUUGGUGCCAUGAUUUCCAACAUGAAUGCUGCACGUGUAGAGUUCCAGGCUAAGAUUGACUCUAUCAAGCAAUACAUGCAAUUUCGAAAGGUCACCAAAGACCUGGAGGCCAGGGUGGUGAAGUGGUUUGACUACCUUUGGACGGAGGAGAAAACCUGUGAUGAGAAGCUGGUGCUGAAGAACCUGCCGGACAAACUAAAAGCUGAGAUAGCCAUCAACGUCCAUCUGGAGACUCUACGCAAAGUGCGCAUCUUUCAAGACUGUGAAGCAGGUUUGCUUGUUGAGUUGGUCCUUAAACUUCAGCCACAAGUUUUCAGUCCUGGUGACUACAUCUGUAAGAAGGGGGACAUUGGCAGAGAAAUGUAUAUCAUCAAAGAAGGAAAGCUGGCUGUGGUAGCAGAUGAUGGGGUGACCCAGUUUGUGGUCCUCAGUGAUGGGGCAUACUUUGGAGAAAUCAGCAUCCUUGGUAUCAAGGGGAGUAAGGCAGGAAACCGAAGAACAGCCAACAUUCGAAGUGUGGGCUAUUCUGAUCUGUUUGCCCUGUCCAAAGACGAUCUGAUGGAGGCACUCAUUGAGUAUCCUGAUGCUAAAACCUUGCUGGAGGAGAAGGGAAAGUCCAUUCUGAUGAAAGAUAAUCUCAUAGAUGAGUCGCUGGUCGCUGCUGUUGAUGUCAAAGACUUGGAGGAAAAGGUCAACAAAAUUGAGGGGAAUAUCGAGGUCAUGACAGUCAAAUUUCGAAAGCUAGCAGACCAGUACGAAUCUUCCCAGCGUAAACUAAAGCAACGGCUCACUAAUAUGUCAAACCAGGUCCGAACCCUCAGAAUAGACGAGUAGAUCUUGGCUUGGCGCUGCUACUGCUGGUCUUAAGGACUUUUCCACUUCAGGGCAUUCUUUCUGAGGUCAUUCCAUGGUGCUGUUGGACUCGUCACCAAAUAGCACAUGACCAGCACUUGGACAGUGGCUGUCUCCAUUCAUUAAUCCUAUAUAUGGUCAAAUAGAAAGGUUGCCUUGAAGGUUGACCACUCUCAUACACACAGAUAUUCAGAGGGCUGGGUAAUUCCAUACUUCAUAAGUACCAACUGAUAAGCUCAGUCCCUAGGGACUUGGGUUGGGAACCAGAGGGUCGCUUCAAGUCCCCGUCUGGACUUAAUAUGGAGUGUGAACUUGGCACUCCCGGGCACUACCGAGGUGAUCUUGAGCAACGCACUGAAACCCCAACUGCUUGGGGCGCCUGUCCAUAGCCAGACCCUCACUCUGACAUCUCUCCACUUAAUGCAUGUAUAGUUCCUGUUUGUGUGUGUAUUCCAAGCCUGUGUGUACAUGACAACAGCAUGACAAAAUUGAAUUUCCCCUCAGGGAUUGAUAAAGUAUCUUCUUCUUUGUGUCCCUACUGAGUAUCAUAAAACUGUUACUUCAAUAGAUUAUAGGAUACUUAGUAAGAUUUUCGUGAACAUUAAACAGGCACUUUCUGAUCAUUUAGAUCAUUUUGUACUGACAUAUACAGUAAAGUUUCAUUGCAGCCGUUUAUGUGAUGCAGUUGAGAUAUUUGGCUUAUUGUGUUGAAUUUUUAAAAUGUUUCUUUGCCAGUUUGGUCCAAGAACAAAGAUUUGUGUCAUAUUUGUACCUGUCUGGAAGUAAUCUAUAUGACGCCCAACUCUAGCAAUGCAUUUUUGUGAGUAAUUACAAAGGCAUCUUUCAAUGCUACAUGUUUACUGAAAAUAAAAAUUGUAAUUCACACACCUGCCCAAAUUUCUGUGAUUAAAAACAAAUCACAACCCUUUUUCAAUUUUAUUUGUGGUAUUUGUAGCAUGAUAUUGAAAACAACAUUGUUACCAGAAGUACUGUUUCCAGGGUCUGUUAUUUAAGCACUGAUUGAAAUAAACUGAUUUGAAGUCAGUCUGUGUCUGUUUCCAUCUGCAGCACAAAGACAUUAGCAGUCAAUUUGGAAAGUAACAUGUAAGCAAACAUUACAGUAUCAUUAAUAUAGAAGAAGGUACGUCAAAUGUUGGACUGAUGAAAUUUGGUACAAAUAUCUAAUUCCCUGUUAGGAUUAAUUGUAAUAACUCAAAUGAUCCCUGCUUACCAUCUAGUGACAUCAUCAUGUCAAAAUCUAAAUUUGGUUUACGUCCUAAUACUUGCAAAACUACUAACAUGCAUGUUUAGCGCUAAUAAGCAAAUAUUAGCAUGCUAACAUGGCGAACACUUCCUGCUACAUACAAGCCGCAACUGCCGGGGCUAAAGAAUGAAGCCAACGCAGAAGUGCCAAAAACUGCAGUUCCUCUAAUGGCCACUUGAGGCUGGCUCCAAAAGUGAGUCAGUCCCCUCAUGUUAAAAUGCCAAACUUUACAGCAGAAAUAAACGUGUUUACAACCUUGUACAAAAACGGUUUUAGUCUCCAUAGCUAAUUUUCCCGUUCAUAACAGCUGUACAGAGGGUACAUUUUUAUUCAACUCACCCAUUUCAAUUUUGUUAAGGCUUAAAGUUAAUGAUAAUUAAGGGCAUGGCCUCUUUGAGUGACAAGCUGUCUGUGCGGUGUUUCCAGUGUUUGAGUUGGAUCCACGCCUUGCUCUUUCACAGCUCCACCCUCUCGUCCAAAUAUGGUCAAACUCGAGGCUUUGAAAUGGCAGUCCAUAAACCAGUGGGUGACAUCACGGGGCCUACAUCUGUUCUUUAUAUUCAGUCUAUGGCUACAUAACCAGUGGUGUAGUAGGAAGUAGUAGCUGCCCAUUGUUUAGCCUCACAGAACAGCUCGCUUAGCUUUCGAUGCUAAGCCUCGUCAAAGUCAUUAACAAAUAUAUGUAGUCCGAAAAGGUUAGCUUCUUAGCGUGACAUAUGUUUAAUGGUCCUGAUGUAAAUAUUUUAUGGAUUCAGCAUUAAAGGUUCAUGACAAAGUAGUGUGACAGAGUUAUUUUGUGGCUAUGCUCCACUGGCAGGGAUCAACAAGAAAUCCCUGAACAUGGGUAAGACUCAUUGUCGUGAAACCAAAGGACCUGCAGACUCGAAUCAGGAUUAUAAGGCAACACAAGUUGGAAAAAAGCUGUCAUCUUUAUUUAGCAUGUUUUCACAACACUGAAUACUUGUAGCCUUUCAUCAGUUUGUAUCUUUUAGAAUGUUACCGUCAAGUCAAACCAAUCGAUUAAAACCGCUUCCCUUUCCAAAAUCAGGUUUCACCCUUUUACCUUCACCAGGCUCUAGAGCCCUUUCACAUGUCCACGUGAGCAGCAUCUUCAGCAUUCAAAACGGAGGUACAGAGUAAUGGUAAACAGCAGAAACCAGACCUGGGCUCAAUAACAGUUGCAAGUAAUCCUUAACCUUUGUUUGAACCUACAGAGUUCCACAUGAUUGAGGUUACUACAAUGUUUAGUUGUUAUUUCCACAAACUCUCCAACACAGUCCACUGUUAGUCCACAUUUCCAGGCACUCCUUGUACUGUCCAAAGUGACUCCAAUGAAAGCUAGAAACAAGCCAUGAAAAGUAUUCUCCAACAUCAUUUAGCCCAGGUCCAGCUGAAACCAUGACGAUGAGAAAGUAAAAGAACAGAAAGAAUGGCUCAGGGUUGUUGUGUGCUGCUGUGGUCUGAGCGCUGUGGUUCAGUGGCAUGUUGUGGGCACCAUCGCGCUCACAGGCUGAGCAGCACUUUAAAAAAAAAAAAAGAGACAGUCCUCUUGCAGACACAUCACUAGGACAGCAGGAACCUCAUGGUUAGAGUGAGAAGUCAUUGAUUCAAUCUCCAAAGACCAAAAA